UGUUUCCAUGGAGUCGGUACUUUAAGCUAGCGGCUAACAUGCUAAGCGUAUAAGUCGUUGGAGUUCGAGCUAGAAACACACUGUCAUCCGGUAAAUGUAGAUGAAUUCAGCUCGACUUACCGGACAGACGCAGCAGUAUGAGCCGGCUUAACGGCGCCGUCCCCGCGGAGGAAUACCUCGCGGAUAGCAACGUGUUGUUCUACCUGAGUGACGCCGUGACUCAGCUGCUGGAACACCGGGAGGAGUACACGCAGUUCGGAGUGAUCCGGUAUUUCGCCGAAUACUUCAGCAGUGUGAAGAACAGUAACCACGUCCUCUUCAGGGAGUUCAGCUACAUCCGGGCGACUCCUCACAACCGGGCGUCCUUCAUCAGGGUCUUCUGGAGAUGCUACAGGCAGAUCGGGAAGAGCGGCGACCUGCUCUCUGUGCUGGAGUACCGCUCGCUGCUGCAGCUGCUGUGUCCGGACUUCCCGGUGGAGGCGGUGCAGGGUGCAGCCAGGAUCGUCCUGAUGGACGCCGCCGCCGACGGCCUGCUGUCUUUCUCCGACUUCCUGUACGCCUUCCAGCUGCAGUUCUACUACCAAGAGUUCCUGGACGCCGUGCUGCUCGUCUACCAGGACCUGUUGGCGGGAAAGAGUCCAAACACCGUCAUCGUCCCCACCUCCACCUCCGUGGAGCAGCUCCCCCCGGUGGCGGCCGGGGAGAACGACAAGGAGGAGCAGCAGCAGCAGGAGGAGGAGGAGGAGCAGCAGGACGAAGAGGAGGAGGAGGAGGAGGAGGAGAACGGCGUGGAGGCGGCCAUGUUGGCUCAGUGUGUGGAGGCGCUGUGUGAGAGGUUCAAACACAGUCAUCCCUCCAGUUCCUGUAUGAAGGAGAUCCUCCAGCAGAGCGACAGGGUUUCGUAUUACGGCUUCCUGAAGAGUUUAGCUAAAGACGAGAGCAUCAACCAAAACAUCGGAGCGUUACCCAGUCAAGCUGAGCUGCUCAUCGAUCCUGAGAUGGACCAAGAAUUGGACAAACUCAUCGCCCAGAUCUCGGUGAGCCCCGGCAGUAACAGCAGCGGCAGCGCGGUGGGGGCCCUGAAGGAGGUGCAGAGGAAGGCGUCGCCCCGGAGGAGCCUCCACCACCGCCGGAGGAUGGAGGUGGAGAGCGACGGCUCCACCGAGGAGACCGACUCCUCCGAGAACUGAGCCGCCGCAGUCGCUCGCCCGCCGGCUCGCCGGGGUCACCCGAUGCUACCGGACCCUAAAACCCUGAUGAACUUUGACCUCCCCAGGCUGAAUAUCGUCCAUCUCUACCUGCUGCAGCACUGAAACUCCCAAUGCUAGUGAGCGGAGCAGCUGAUCAGCGUUUCCACAUCUCCGCUAAACAAGGUCAGAAGGUCAUUUUAAAGGUUUAGAAGGAACCAGAAGAGAAGUAGGUCUCUUACCAAACAUUACCAGCUGACUUCAGCUCAGACUGUUUCAUUUGAUUCUCCAGAUUUACACUUUGAAAUGUCGGCGACUCCGCUGUCUGUUCAUAGAACGAGGCGUCGGGAGCCGAGUGUCCGUCAGAGUCCAGUUCCUGCUGGAAGCAACAAAAACCUUUUUUACACAGGCAGAAACUCGGACAUCAGCCGUUAGCAAGAGUGUACGGAGUUAAAACCACGGAAAAGCCUCUCAAACACCCUGAACCUGUUUUAAUCACAAUCAGUGAUUCACAAACAACCUGAGUGUGGUCUGGAAAAUACUGAACAUCGGUCAAACUACUGCGUUUUGCUUUAUUAAAUAAGAAACGUACCUUUCAGACAAAUGAAAGACGAGUCAGAGACAAAGAGAUGCUUUACACCAGGGCUGCUCAGUCCUGUUCCUGCAGAGCCCUGGCCAGCAGGUUU